CAGGAGGUUCGGUUGCGCCUGUGCCAUGGACUCAGCCGCCCGGUGAUAUUGACAAUAGGAGAGAGAAAGGGGCAUUGACGGGGACCCUGCGCGGGUAGCGAACGGCGGCUCUGGCAGCGGCGGCUCAGGCGGCUCCAACUCUUCCUCCCGAUUCCCGCGCUUGCUGCCGCUGCAGAUCCAGGCUUCCUCCCUCCUCCCCCUCCCCGCGUCGCCGCCGCCGCCGCAGCCGCCGCCGCCGGGUCCGGUGCAACGAGCAGAGGCGCCGCCCGCCGGGAAUGUGAACGAAGAGCCGCCGGCCGAGCCGCAACCGGGUCGGUGCCGAUUUGAUGGGACGGGCCCGCGGGGGAGGCUCGUGAGGCCGCCGCUGCCACUGCCGGAGCGCUGAGGUUCGGGGCCAGCCGAGAGGCCUAGAAACACUGCCGCUACCGCGGAACCGGAGGGACGUCGCCCCGGACGGCCGUAGUAGCCCGGGGCUCUCCGCCGCUGCCCGGACCUCCCCCCGUGCGUCCCGGGCCUUCGCCCGCCCCCGCCGCGGCCCCUAGCUCGCAGCCCACUCCGCGCAGCCACAGAUCAUCUUCCGAUUCUUCCCCAGGAGCUUCAAGUAGGGAUAUGUCCUCAGCACCAACUACUCCUCCAUCAGUGGAUAAAGUAGACGGAUUUUCUCGGAAGUCCGUCAGAAAAGCCAGACAGAAGAGGUCGCAAAGCUCCUCCCAGUUCAGGUCUCAAGGCAAGCCCAUUGAGCUCACGCCUCUGCCACUGCUGAAAGACGUUCCAACCUCAGAGCAGCCUGAACUGUUCCUAAAGAAACUUCAGCAGUGCUGUGUCAUUUUUGACUUCAUGGACACGCUAUCUGAUCUUAAAAUGAAAGAAUACAAGCGCUCCACUCUUAAUGAACUGGUGGACUACAUUACAAUAAGCAGAGGCUGUCUGACAGAGCAGACUUACCCUGAAGUAGUUAGAAUGGUAUCUUGCAAUAUAUUCAGAACUCUCCCUCCUAGUGACAGCAACGAAUUCGACCCAGAAGAAGAUGAACCUACCCUCGAGGCAUCAUGGCCCCACUUACAGCUUGUAUAUGAAUUUUUCAUACGAUUUUUGGAAAGCCAAGAAUUCCAACCCAGCAUUGCCAAAAAAUACAUAGAUCAGAAAUUUGUAUUACAGCUUUUGGAGCUAUUUGACAGUGAAGACCCUCGAGAACGGGACUAUUUAAAAACAGUCUUGCACAGGAUUUAUGGCAAGUUUCUCGGGCUUAGAGCAUUUAUCCGAAAACAAAUUAACAAUAUUUUUCUAAGGUUUGUUUAUGAAACAGAACACUUCAAUGGUGUAGCUGAACUGCUGGAAAUAUUAGGAAGUAUUAUCAAUGGCUUCGCUUUACCACUUAAGGCAGAACACAAACAGUUCCUGGUGAAAGUGUUGAUCCCUCUACACACUGUCAGGAGUUUAUCACUCUUCCAUGCACAGUUGGCGUAUUGUAUAGUACAGUUUCUGGAGAAAGACCCUUCCCUUACAGAACCAGUUAUUAGGGGGUUAAUGAAAUUUUGGCCUAAAACAUGCAGUCAAAAAGAGGUCAUGUUCCUUGGGGAGCUGGAAGAAAUCUUGGAUGUGAUUGAACCGUCACAAUUUGUUAAAAUCCAAGAACCUUUGUUUAAACAAAUUGCCAAGUGUGUUUCUAGCCCCCAUUUUCAGGUGGCAGAAAGGGCACUCUAUUAUUGGAAUAAUGAAUACAUCAUGAGUUUGAUAGAAGAAAACUCUAACGUCAUCCUUCCCAUCAUGUUCUCCAGCCUUUAUAGGAUUUCAAAAGAACAUUGGAAUCCGGCCAUUGUGGCGUUGGUGUACAACGUGUUGAAGGCAUUUAUGGAAAUGAACAGCACUAUGUUUGAUGAGCUGACAGCCACAUACAAGUCAGAUCGUCAGCGUGAGAAAAAGAAAGAAAAGGAGCGCGAAGAACUGUGGAAAAAAUUGGAGGAUCUGGAGUUAAAGAGAGGUCUUAGACGCGAUGGGAUAAUUCCAACUUAACAACAACCUGACAGCGACACACUAACCCGUGGGUCACACGCUUAUGUAGUAGAAGGAUGGAGCAACAGUUUUCUGUAUUGUGCAACUUUACAGUAGAUUUCACAUUUGUCUCAUUAUUACAGCAGCACUGUAUAUACCUGUCUCUAAGUAAAGGAAAACAUAAGGACUUCAAAGUGUGGACAGUAGAUGGACUCUCAGAACUUUGCAAACAUAAUCAUUGUUCUAACCCUCUUUAAAAACAAACAAAAGGUCUACAGAGAUCUGUCGGGGAAAUUGCUAUGUUAAAAUUCCAUUAUCAGGAGUUCCUUAUUUAUCACUAGCAGAGAGUAUGAUACAAUUUUCAAAUGUGAACAAUCUUAAAUUUAGCUUGUCUUUCUGCUAAGCUGUUAAAUGUAUUUAUAGAAAAGGAAGAAAAAAAUUGUCAUUUCUUUAUAAGUUUGUAUAGCGCCCUCCUCUGGACAUGACUGUAAUGUGACAUCCUUUCCUUUUGCACAUCUUCAUGAGUCGAGUGUCCACAUGGAACGGGGCUGUGAAUCACAGAGGUCCCUGAUGAAAGUCUGUCUGCUGGAUGAACAGCUUCCCAGCUGCCAGGUGGUCCUGGUACUCCUUUAGUUUUCAGAUUAGGAGUAAAAAAGAAGAGGUGAUAAGCAUGGUAGCAAAGGGAAUGUUGGGCUUCAUAUCAGAUAUGGUGAGUCCAAAUCAGUGUCUUGAAUCCUUUGAAAACAGGCAGUGGGACGCGCAGGCUUCAGCACCUGCGGCAUUAGCUGCAGACGGAAGUGUGCAUCCAGACCAGAGACAACUUAGAGAUGUCAGAGAACAUCCUUUCGGAUCCUGUGGAGUAAGAGAGAGAGAGAGAACACUAAAAGAUAGAACCGUGAAGCCAAGCGAGCACCAGGACUGCGCAUCCACUUGGGAACGGAGUUGAGCAAACAGCGUGAACUGUUUGCAGUCGAUGCCUUACUUCCUAAUGUGUACUUACAAAGUAUUUCAGCAAAAGAGGAUGCAGGAUGCAGCCUCUGGAAGGAACAGUCUCCUUCUCUAGCUCAUCACAGCGCCAGCCCUGUUUUUAGCCAGAAAGGAUUCAGGAUCAACAUUAUGCGUUCUGAAUUGGAUGCAUAUUCCUAACUACUGUAUUUGUUACCAAAAGUGGUUCUACAAAUGCUACUGAAAAAAUCUGGAAAUUCCUAAUGUCCUGAGUAUUAAUAAUAAAGUUUAAAAAAUGCUUUUAUAUCAAAGGUGCAUCGUGACCAAAUUGUUUAAGGUUAAAAAAAAAAAAGAAACUGAGGGCUGUGUUCUAGAUGUAUUUACUGGCUCUCUGCUGGGUGUUAAAGGAAGAGUCCCACAUGGGUAGGUAAGUUGUGAUGUACAGGUGUGCAGUAUGUAUUUACCCGAUGUGUUGCAUUGCUGUGUAUUGGCAAAUGUGUGUUGUGGGGUUUGUUUCCAGGAAGCUUUUGCUUGUUAGAGACAGGACAGUGGUGAGCCCAUAACCCCGAACCAUCACUUCAGCAGUGUUCGUGGCUUAGAGCCAACUCCGUGUUCAUGUGUUGAGUUGUGAUCAUAGCUAACAUGAACACACAUGAGCUAUUGUUGCUCUUAGUAGAAGUACACUAUAAAUAUGGGCUUGUAUAUUUUCUUCCUUCCUUUUAAAUGUAAAGUAGAAUAUAUAGAGCUUUGUUGUUUCCAAGGAAAAUGAGGAGAAAAGCCACUGACCUAUUUCACUUAUGAAGUGUUUCCAGAUUGUCAGUCACAAUGUGUACAUAAAUGUAAGCUAAUUAUGGAUAUUUUCAUUAGGUACCUUUGUUCUCUUGUUUUUUAAAGGUAUGCUUACCACCAAGUCCAAGAUGGUUCAGUGGAAUGAAUAGGACUCUUAAAGAGCGUUAAGGGAGGGUUCCAUAUGAGGACCUGGAAAGUGUUGGAGCAGAGCUGCAUGUUCACAUAUUGAUGCUAAGAAGCAAACCAUAGCACAUCUCCCUUAGCUCUGUCUUAGCCGUUUCCAUCUUCAUUUACACAUAUCUUUGGUAGUAUAGACCUUGCUUGCUGUGAUCCCUCUGGGGAUGACAUGUGCUUAUUUGACAUAAGGAAGGUCAGGACCUCUCUCUGCACCGUGUCCUGUCGUCAGAGCUAAGGGUGAACACUCUUUCUGUCAGUGUUGUCUGUUGGUCAUUCUCAACUGAGAGGAAUGAAGCUAAACUUUAGACUAUUUAAAGACUUGAUGAGAGUUGUCUGUCAACUCACAGGGCAAUCUCUGAGAAGAAACACUCAUUUCCCUUUUAACCAAAAGUGACAAUGUGACCUCUGUCAUGUUGUGUGUGGUGAUGAGAAGCUAGCCCAGGUGACUUGAUUGUUGCACUAUGUGACAUAUUUAAGGACAUACUUGCUGCAUUUGCAGCAGCCCCCCUGUCUGACCCUCCCUGGGCAAUCCUGCUGUCACUCAAUGUGAGUUAACUGUGACAAACUCAGCUCUGUGUUAUAUUUUGUUUGCUUUAUAGUUUCCAGAACUAUAUAUAAAUAUAUUUUUUCAAUAGCAAAUAUUGUAGUUAGUGGUGACCACUUCAACCUUAUCCCUACCAUAUUGGUUUCAGGGAUGGGACUAAGAGUGUCCUUGGAAUAAAAAAUUUAAAAUAUAAUCCUGUGAUUUAGAAUGAUGCCGAGGUUGCAGGCUGCAGGCUGCAGCAGCUGUGUGAGCGAAGUGACCGUCUCCUCUGGAUCAAGUGUCCACUCCUCAUUGUGCCCAUGCCCCAGUGCUCCUUCGUUUAGUUAUUGUCCUCUGCAAUUUUGAUUAUAUUUUGCUCUUCCUGACAUUGACUGUUUUUUUUUUAAAUAAAAGAAAAUAAAAAAUAAAUGAAUAACCCCUGGAUGUGACUGGAUGCAGGAGCAGGGAUCAGCCCUUCCCUCCUCCUUGGGCUCUUUCCCUCAGUGGCAGGAUUGUGCUGAUUCUUUAUCUCCUAUGCGUGCGACAGUCCAAGGUACAGACCUAGGGAGCAUUUGUAUCACACCUCCUAUACUGAACACAUAACCCUAGGCUCAAUCACAUUAUGGAAAGGGAAAUAAAGUAGACUUAGAGCUCUACAAGCUGUUUAGGGCUGGGGCUGGGGAGUGGUGUGUGGGUGGAAGGCUGGUAUCAACAUCACUAAGUAUUCCGAAGGUCGGCUUCGUGCUUGUUUCCCAUUUUGAUUGGACACUGACCUGGCCCAGGGAAGGAGGAGCUUCUCUCCUUUGAUGUUAUUAACCAACAUUCCCACAAAGUGAUGGUCACCUGUCUUAGAAAGGUGACAGGAGAUAUGAUCCGUGACAUUUUCUUUGCACAUGAGUAUUUUAUUUUUGUAUUCUGGCUCAGUUGCUUCUCUUCGUGGAGUUAGGGAGGAGCCAUAAAGGACUUUUGUAAUUAAGUAUAUUGGCAACGCAUUUUCUACUCCUCUAUGUUUACUUUUGAGAACCUGACAGAAGGGGUGUGUGUCCGAGAGGAGGGUGAGCGGAGCUUGAGCCAGCGGAAUGUUCAUUUGUCUGCCGCUUGUGCACGAGAGCGGCCGACUGUAGCAUCUGGAAACCAACACCCCGUGCUAUGAUGUCUGUGAACAUAGGUUUCCUUUCCUCCCCUCCUCCAUUUUCUUUCUUUCUCAACCCAUCCCUUUUUUUUUUUUUUUAAAUCACUUACUGUAAAUAAGUUGUAAUCUAAACCUCAUGUAUCAAUGGGGAAAUUUCAAAUAUAAAUAUUACCAAUACAUUU